UCUCCUUUCUCUGUUUUAGAAACAUGCUACCUCACUGGAGUAUCCGCGCCUACGUCCCGAAGCAUGUCAACCGGGACAGCAUUGUCAGGUGCUUCGUCGACAAGAACACCGAGUUCAUCGAUGUGGCGACCGAGCAGGAGGCUGUUGACCUCGAGGCGGCUAACAAGGACCCGUUCUUCGUCUUUGAAGAGGACCACUUUAUCUUCCACAACUCACCCGAAGGAACAGGAACUGUAUUACUCAGCUGGUCCACCCAAACUAUGACGGGUCUCUGGAAUAGAUACACUCGCGAACAGGAUGGAUUGAAGACAGCUACAACCCCGGCAGUUGUCUAUUUCGUACCUGAAUUCAGCAGCGUUCUGGUUUACUACGACAAUAUCGAUCUCGGGGAUUUCGUGCAGACCGUUAAAAGGAUGGUCAGCUGUUUCCAAGGAUUGUUUGUCGUGGCAUAUGACAACAAGUUCAAGUGUGUUGAGGCGGAGGAUACCGACAACAGCAUGGAUGUCUAUGCGUGUGGUAUUGGUGCUUUCCUCUUAAAAGCUUGGAAUAAGCCAGAGUAUAUUAGAAAGUGCGCUAAGCAAGCGCGUUCUAUGAAAGAGCAUGGUUUCAAGCGCCUACCUGACGGACAGUUUAGACUCAAAGACUAUCUCGGUAACGAAGUUGUUGAUGGCGAACAGUUUCGGCUGACCAGAGAUAUCAAUAGCUACCAUUCGUACUACGCGGACGAAAAUCGACAUGAUGACGAACCCAGCUAUGCAGGAAUAGACAUGACAGAUGCCUAUUUGAUGAUGUACCCAGGUGAUGACUCGAUCUUUACCAGCGAGACAAUCGACGACAUUGUCUAUAUCAAGUUCGAUAACCAGUAUCUCCACUACAAGCAAAGUGGUGAUUUUGAUAUAGGACUUACACCAGAGCUCCCAAGGAAGAAAGCGCGGCUGCAUUUUCAGCACGACGGCAGCGCACUGAUCCUGGCCUACUGGGAUAGGUCUGGAUAUGGCUUUGAGGAUUGGAUUGAUGAUCGCAUGGGAUACAUAAACUUCGCACCUUGGGAAUUCACAGCUGACAUGGCGCUUGUAAAAAUAAAAAAUUAUGCAAAGGGCACCAUAUCCCGACGCCGCACCGCAUGUUUUGAGGUUACGAGCUAUUAAGGGCUGUAGCACCCAAGUAAAAGAGAAUAUAUUGGAAAAGGAGACAGACC